GAUCAAUCAAACCCGCAUGGCGAGCCACAUCACACCGGUGAACCGGGCUCAUCCCAUGGCCAGGUAUGACUUCCAUAUGAUAUAUCAUGGCCUCCCAGACCGAAUUGGACCAAACAAACCGUGCUCCACCUCCUUCCAGAGAUAACAUUAACAGCGGCGUGCUGCAGUCACAACUCACAAGACACUCCGAAGUUCUAGGUAAAGGAAACUGUUCAGCACCAGCCCUAGCCGUGAUACCUCCCAGGUAGCAUCUACCUACCUUACCCUACCGGUACCUUGGACUAUGCUUCUGCUGUAUGUGGUGUACAUGGACGCAGCACAAUGGCAGAACACGAUGGCCUUGGCGCUGUGAAACACUUGCAUGAAUCUUCUCGCUUGCCAUACAUGUACGGUGUACCCCUAUUUCCGUCCCUUGGCCCCCCUGAGGACACCUCAACCACAUCCCAAAAGGUCAACACCACGUGUUAGAGACUUGGGAUUAUCUCGAUGACAGACUCCAACAGUCUUGCGCAUCACAAGGGGUUUAUGUCGCGCGGAGUACGAGCCAGGUCGCCAUGCGCCCUCUGUUGCCCCCUUCGUGUACUUUCUGCCGGGGCCUGGUGCUUUGCUGUACUCUCUCCCAUGUCACAGCCUUCCGGUCCCGGCCGGGAAGUGACAUUGGGUCCCCUGGGCUGCCCUCAGGGUUCACGAUGGCACGGCCGCGGGGCGCGGAGAAGUCGACGACUAAGCAGUAUCGCGAAUAAACAGAUCGGACCGACGACUAAGCGGCUCCUUGUUCUCUGCUCGUGCACAUCCGUCAUGCGGGUGCGGCCUACUGCGUCCCUUCUUUUUGUUCUGACUCUGAGCUCUGUUCCACCGACCGCAAGAUUAAAUCCACAGCAGCAACCAACAGAUCGCCCGCAGGAGACUAUCAAAGCAAGAGCCAAUACCCAUCCCAUACCAGUUACCCAACCGUACUCCUCCGCCAUGGCGAAAAGGCUCUCCGACCGCCAGAAGGUCACGGCGGCGAUCACCAUAUCGUUCGCCUUCUUCCUCUUCGAGAUUGGAGUGGCCUUCAAGACGGGCAGUCUGGCGUUGAUGGCCGACGCCUUUCAUUAUCUGAGCGACAUUGCCAGCUUUGCUGUCACGCUCACUGCAAUUAUCAUGUCCGAGAAGUCCCAGCAUCGCCAGGACUUCUCGUAUGGUUGGCAGCGGGCCCGUCUUCUCGGUGGCUUCUUUAACGGGGCCGUCCUGCUUGCUCUCGGCAUUGGCAUCUUCAUCCAGUCCGUCGAACGGUUCGUUACCCUCCGCGAUAUCGAGCAUGCAAAGCUAGUCUUGAUCACGGGCUGCGUGGGCUUCGGGUUGAAUGCGGCCAGCGCUCUUUUCCUGCAUGAGCAUCACCAUCACCACCACCACCCAGACCCGGAUCCAACUCAGGAGCCGGACUUUGAGAUCAGCAGCGGAUCUAGCAGCACCUCCGGCAUCGUCUGUCCAACUCGUACUCCCGAGCAACAACCCAGCCGGCGCAGAAACUGUCACGCCGGGCACCGCCACGUCCGGCACUCGGUCAAGCCGCCCGGCAGAGAUCUUGGGAUGGUCGGUGCCUUCCUCCAUGUCAUUGGCGAUAUGGCAACCAACCUUGGCGUCAUCCUUGCCGCGGCCGUUAUGUGGAAGACAUCCUCGCCGGCCAGAUUCUACGCAGACCCUGCCAUCGGCAUGGCCAUCGCGCUUCUGAUUUUCUUCUCGGCAGUCCCCUUGGUCAGGCGCAGCGGAGAGAUCCUGCUGCAGAGUGCCCCAGAAGGUGUCAAGCUCGAGGACAUCAAGCACGACAUUGAGAAGAUCCCGGGCGUCCACGGCGUUCACGAGCUGCACGUCUGGCGCCUCGACCAGAAGAAGGCCGUCGCAUCGGCCCACAUCCUAGUUUCCGAUCCCGAUGUGGCUCGUUUUAUGGAGACAGCGGAGACAAUUAGGGAGUGUCUCCAUGCCUAUGGUAUCCAUUCAACGACGCUCCAGCCGGAGAUGCUGCUUCCUGUAGUCCGAGUCGUCGGGGGAACACCUCUCAAUGAUAUCAGCGACCCCUGCCAGCUCAUGUGCGGCAAGGGCAUGUGCGAGCACCUGCAUUGCUGCAACAAGGAGUGAAGAGGGCUGAUUUGAUUUCGGCAGAGCUGUCUCGGGACAGUUGGCUUUUCCCUUAACUGUGGUGAGCCGGUUUUCGUUCAGUUCAAAGGAGCAGGGAGCAGGGAACAUGGUACAAGGAGCAGGAGGUUAUGAAGGGCGAUCA